CGUAAUACGCAAGACGAAAAGUUCGUGCACUUUGCUGCAAUUCUUUUUCAAUUAAAUUAAUUGCAAUUUGCGUCAAUUUAACGAAAAACUGCAAUAUUGCAACACUUCCGAGACAGAUAUUUGCCAUGCUCGCUAAUCUGUGCUUAGUGUAAUCAAGCCAAUGACAUUCUGAUAAGGUCAACUAAAAAAAAAUUAAAAGAAAUUAAAUGGCGGCAAGUGGAAAUGGUACAGUUACAGCAGCCACUGUUGGCGACGAGCACGUUGCGGUGCAACAGCUGCAGCCACAGAACAAGGCUUAUGAGCGCCUCAUCAAAUUGGGCACCUUUUACACGCAACAAUUUGGCCUCAAGCCCGAAUUCUAUGUGCGUGUUCCAGGACGUGUGAACAUUAUUGGGGAGCAUGUGGACUACUGCGGUUACUCUGUGCUGCCCAUGGCCGUGGAGCAGAGCAUCAUGCUGGCUGUGGGCACGGAUCUGCAUCAAACCAAGCUGGAGCUACAUCAUCUGGAUGAGGGAAAAUUCCAGAGCUUUGAUUGCGAUCUGAACGCCCUUGACAUCAAGUUGCCUAAGACUGGCGGUCCGGCCUGGUACAGCUACUAUUUGUGCGGCAUCAAGGGUGUACAGGAGGAGCUGGGCGAUAAGUGGCGGCCAGUUGGCAUGCGUGUUGCACUCUGUGGCAAUGUGCCACUUGCCGCUGGCCUGUCCAGCUCUAGUGCGCUAGUGAGUGCCGCUGUGCUGGCCACGGCCAAAGUGCAGGGCAUGAGGCUGGACCGCAAGCAGUUGGCAUCGAUUUCGGCCAGUUGUGAGCAGUACAUUGGCACACACAGCGGUGGCAUGGAUCAGGCGAUUGCCUAUCUGGCGAAACAGGGCUGUGCCCAGCACAUCGAGUUCCAUCCGAAGCUGAAUGGGACGCCAGUUACGCUGCCCACUGGCGCUUGCUUUGUGGUUGCCAAUAGUCUUGUGCAGAAGCGGAAAGCAGCCUCCUCCGAUUACAAUGAACGUGUUGUGGAAUGCCGACUGGCUACACGCUGGCUGGCCAAAUCACAGAAGCUACCCAAUUGGCGGAAUUUCAUUCGAUUCAUCGACCUCGAGGAGGCGUGCAAGUUGGAUAAUGCUGCCUACGUGCAAUUGAUUGAGAACCAACUGCAAAAAUCACUUUACACCCGCGAGGACGUUUGCGAUACGCUGAACAUUACGGAGCAGGAAUUAGAAACUGAUUUUCUAACGCCCAGCACACAGCAUAUGCAGCAAUUUAAGCUGCGUCAACGUGCCUUGCACGUCAUCCAAGAAUCUGGUCGCGUUAUCAAGUUCCGUCAGAUUUGUGAGCAACUGCAGCGUCGCACCAGCAAGCAGGACAUUGAACAGCUGGGCAAGCUGAUGCAGCAAUCGCAUCACAGUCUGCGCGAGCUCUACGAAUGCUCCCAUCCGGACUUGGAGCGUCUGGUGUCCCUAUCUGCCAGGCAGGGCAUCAGUGCACGUGUUACGGGUGCCGGCUGGGGCGGCUGCAUUGUGGCCAUGUGCGAUUCGGCUGAGGUCGCCGCGGAUUACGUAAGCAUGCUCAAGCGUGAGUACUAUGCUCAAUUGCCAGUUCAGUUAUUGGAGCGCUAUCAGCCCAAUGAUUUCAAUGAUGUCGUCUUUGCCACAACUCCCGGCAACGGUGCCGAACUAUUUGUACAAUAAUUCAACAUAAUUUUGUAAACUGUAUAUUACCAUUAGUAAACCCUUAGUAGAAACCCAA